GAUUUUGUGUCUAUGAUCGGGCCCCCCAAUUUGGUGAUUCGUGUGGGAUUUCAGGUGUCUUUCAGGAUUAUAGUGUAUUAACAGGAUAUUUCAUGACGCUAGAAGCAGCAAUUUUUAAAUUCAAAAGGGUGAUUACAUGAGGUGUUGUGUUUCUUUCUUGGCUAUGAAGAACAGGCAGAAAUAAGCGAAAGUGAAAAAUAGAGUGCAAACAACAACAGUGGGUUUAUGUUGAAUGAAAUUUCGAAGAGUUUCGGUAGAAUGAAUGAAGUUGAACGUGAAUUUUUUAUAGUGUAACUAAGAAAACUAUGACUCUGCCAAAGUUAUUCCAGGACUGCGUGAUUUCUUACUAUUGUGGGAUUAAAGUGAAAACGUUAGUGGUGAAGCCAUUUCUGGCCUGCGAUGAAAGUUGAUUAACCUGUACAUACUGCCUAGCUGAAUAAUAUCGCCCUGGAUUUACUGACUGAUCGCUGAGCCUGUGAGUUGUUGAAAGAAUCUUUUUAUGAUAAGCCGAUUAAUCAGCCAGUGCCACCGAUGUUACUAAACAAACGAUCAGUUUGUAGAACCAUAUGAAUGAACACAUCAUCUGCCAACCAUCUCUUUCUCUCCGCUGUUCUUUCAAGGAAGGCCAACAAGUGGGCAAACCGGAUCGCUCGCCACCUCCUUCCGAUUCAUUUGAAGCGGUACUUUUCUCCCGUGGGCACGUCACUUGGAAUGCACCAAAGCAAAGUGUGCCAAAAAUUUGCAACAGUUGCGGAAGAAAGCGCCCGCAACCAGGGGAGAACCGGACAGCGGAUCAGUCUGCAGGCGUGAUUGAGACGCACACGAGCGGCUCCCAUUAUACCGGUUAGGCGUGAGCGGACAGCGGACAGUUCCCUCCAAAACUGCUGCAAACCGACGACGAAGCCGAGACCCUUCCCACUUCGCCGACAGUAGUUUGUUUUCUGUCACGCCGUUUGGCCGCCUACCGCGCCCAUCUCUUGCAACGAGCCACCGAUCGCGCGGCGCUGCUGGCUCUUUGUGCGCUCUAGUAUCGAGUGAACCGUAGGCAAAACACAACCACGAAACAACUUCAACAGUGUAAAUCGUAGUACAUAGUAAUCAGAAGAGUGCUCGGGGAAAAAAUAUAGCAAGUGAUGGUAAUCAUAACAGCAUAAAAGCCGCAAACGAAGAAAAAGAGUGAAAUUGCACAAAUAAAAAUAUGAAAAAGAAAGUGAAUUGAAUUUUAUUUCCAGCUGGGCUUGAAAAACGAUGCAAAAAGGUGAAGUGAGGAAAUCGGAAUUCGACGCAGAAGAAAAAAAGUGGAAGAAAAACGCGGUUUAAAUAAUCUAGGCAAAGUGUGGAAAUAAAUAUCAACUGCAAAAACAUGCUUUUCCCAAGCCCAGGCAUAUGCUAGUGAUAAAGUGUGAGGCCAAUGCUAGUAAGAGAGCGAACCCAAGGUAACGAUAAAUCUUAGGCGUGUGUUUACGUGAGUCUGGGCAGAAGAAAAGCACCCAACAAAAGAGGUGAAAAACCAGUGGGUGAAUGAUCGUACAGUUUGAGUGCUUUAGUGAAUGUUUUUCUUUCCAUACUGACUUCGGACGUACUUAGUUGAGUCUUUAGUUUGGGACACUUUCCUUCGUGCAGUUUUCCUUCCGGAGUCGCUACUAAUUUUUACCGUUUAGCCCGUAGAGUCCGGUUGGAAUGACCUAAAGGAGUUGUUUUGUUCUCUUUCUUCAUUAGCUCUAGAAGCACAUUCAUGAAGUGGCUGGCAAGUUUUUCUGACACGUUAGUUCCAAGCAACAGCAGCAUCAAUCGCCGAAAUCACUCGCAUCGCUCUUGGAAGGAGCCCACCAAUCAUCACAAGCAUUCCGUAUGAAGUAAGAUGUUAGGUCCCACCAAAUGGAGACUCCUAACGAUAGUCGCCGGAAUAUUACUCGCACAUGCAAUUGAAUCGCCAAACAGCAGAAGCAACAAACUCAAGGGACAAGUUCACACAUUCACAAACCCCGAUCUUGGCCUACGGAUAGAACAGAUCGAACCCUGGGGCAGUCGCACUAUCACUUCCCGGAAUCUGCUUGUUCCUCAUCAAACAUUUUCCAAUGUAGAUAACGUUAGAUAUAUAGACAGCCGAUCAGCCAACAGUCGUCUGUUACGGAAUACUUUUGGAGCAUUUAGAUUUGCUGAAUCCACUCAACCGCAACCAUAUCCGGUGCCUUUGCAGUAUCCCAUCACUGCACAGCAAAGAAGAGCGAGAAACUUCCAGAAUCGACGUUCAGAUGAGGGACAACAACAACCUGGUGUUCGGAUAGCAGCAUCACAGUCCGAGUUACUUCCACAACAGCACAGUUUUCCAAGCCCGCUUCCAACAACCGAAGCUACUCCAAACGCACUUCAAAAUGUCACUCGAACACGGCAGCAUCGCUACAAGUUUAUCCCUAUUGGAUACUUCUACAAAGAACCUACUAGUAAUCCAAAAUUAACACCUAUCCAAAAUACCCAACCUCCUAAAAUCACCCAAAAUGACGAACCAGAUGAUUCAUCAUAUCAAGAGGAUGAUUCUCAGUCCGGGGAUUAUAACUCAAGUCUGGAAGCGAAUGACACAGAGUCAGACCCGAACGCAAUGGGUGCGCGCCGUUCCGGGAUACAGUUUCCCCCCGGACCGUAUCAGGUCGCCAGCACUUUCACUCCCCAAGGAUACAACGAGGAAAGUUUUGCUUUCAAUGAGCAACUAGGAGUUUAUCAUCGACCAGUUCAGACUGCUGACGAUUACGAAGAUUCGGAAGCGUACGACACCCGACAACCCCGAGCGCCGACGGUCGUUCCUACUCCAGAACUCGACCAAGCAGAUGUUUCACGCAACAUUUACGCCACCCGGUAUUUUCGAGGUGAUCUACCGCGACCGCAGCCAACCUCGGCGCUAGAUCUGCGGCCAGCUGAAUCUCACGUGCGUCCCAGCCGACUGGUAGAGUUUCCUGGGGUGGUCAACGUGAAGCAGCCAUUUCGGGACGAUGUUACCAAGUUUGGAGACGUAAACGGUCCGAUUACGGCCAUGCAGCGACCAUACGUUGACUACGGUGACGGAAAACGGUAUCGAACGUACGAUCCGAACUAUUACGUGGACAGCCCGUACCAAACCAACAGGCACUACUUCCCAGCGAAGGUGUACACCGAAUCGAGCCAGAAGAUUUACCAACCGUGGAAAUCAUCCCGUUCGCCCAGGGUUGUGUUCCCGCAGGGGGAUUUUUCCGGCCCGUCCGGGUUCGGCGUGGAUAAUGUUGUUUUCAGGGACCAAAAUUUCGGCCUCAACGAGCUGGCAGCGAUCCAGGAUGUGCGAAACGAGUUCAACCAGGACGAUGACAUCAUCGACGACCCGUCGUCAACCAGCAAAGAUCGAGUUGCCCUCUCGAUUUAUAGACCACACAAUAUCCUACCCUCGUAUCAUAGUCCCUAUCCAGUAGUAGUAGUGCCCAAACCACACACAGUGAGUCCAAAAGUGCGGAACCGCAUCAAUCUGCACUCCGGUGCGCCCAGUAGUGUUACUAAAGCAAUCAACCCAUAUGCGCUUCAUCAAACUACAGUUGGUGGUGACGGUGGGCUUCGCCUCGGGGUCCGGUCGGAAAUACAGUGCCAGGACGAGGGUGGUACCUGUGAGUUCUUUCUGCUGUGCUGGAUGUCCGGCGGGUUGCUGCAGGGCAGCUGCGGCGGGCUGCUGAAAGGUUGCUGCCAUCGGACGGCCAAGUCGGCCAACAUCGCCAGCGGCACCGGGAACACGAUCGAUCUAACAAAUCUUCCAAAUUACGAUUAUGGUCCGGUUGAGAAUGAUCCUAGCUGCGGUAUCUCGCUAGCGAAACAGACGGCUCAGCGACGGAUUGUCGGCGGUGACGAUGCCGGUUUCGGGUCGUUCCCCUGGCAAGCCUACAUUCGAAUAGGCUCAUCGAGAUGCGGGGGUUCGCUGAUAUCACGGCGCCACGUGGUUACGGCCGGGCACUGCGUUGCCCGGGCGACACCGCGUCAGGUGCACGUGACCCUGGGGGACUACGUGAUCAACUCGGCCGUCGAACCCCUACCGGCCUAUACGUUCGGGGUGCGCUCGAUCAACGUUCAUCCAUACUUCAAGUUCACCCCGCAGGCAGACCGCUUCGACGUGGCGGUGCUCACGCUGGAACGAACCGUGCACUUUAUGCCACAUAUCGCACCCAUCUGUCUACCGGAGAAGAACGAAGAUUUUCUAGGCAAAUUCGGCUGGGCCGCCGGCUGGGGUGCACUAAAUCCGGGCUCGCGGUUGCGACCGAAAACGCUACAAGCAGUCGACGUUCCUGUGCUGGAUAACAGAGUUUGCGAAAGGUGGCACCGUUCGAACGGAAUCAACGUGGUCAUCUACCCGGAGAUGCUGUGCGCCGGGUACCGAGGCGGUGGGAAGGACUCGUGCCAGGGCGACUCUGGUGGGCCGCUGAUGCACGAGAAGAGCGGACGAUGGUUUCUGAUAGGUAUCGUGUCUGCAGGAUACUCCUGUGCCAAUCGGGGUCAACCCGGAAUUUACCACCGCGUCGCCAACACCGUGGACUGGAUUUCACACAUCGUCCAAAUUUCGCCCUAAACAACCGCGCUAAGUCAAACUUAUUUCAAACCCACUGAAGGCAGCCCAUAUGGAUUAGAUGCAGCCAAAACGAAAAGAGGCCCUACAUUUGCUACUUUGGUAAUACCAUUCUUGGUGCUGAAAUUAUUUAUGAGGAAUACCACCGGCAACCAGAAAGUCGUUAAGCUAGAUGAUUUGAGCUGAAUGGUUCAAUGAAAUAUUUAAAUAUUUAUUAUGUCCUGGCGUAGUCAGAACGUAGCCGGGUGAACUCGGUAGGUGGGUGGCUUUUUCUUAGUAAGAAAAUUAACUAUAAAACAACUGAAAAAACACAAAACUCCUAAUCCUGAUGCAACCACCUUACUAAGGUGAAUGAAAUGCUUCAAAUUCUGUACCGAACUCAAAAUUAGACGCCACGGUAUACCGCGUAAUUGCCCUCAUUGUAAAACAACGUACUAGCAUACCUGAUUGUGAUAUAUGUACUGACGAGACACGUGAUUGAUAGCGAAUAGUUCACAGGACGCGAUAAGUUUACACAAAAGCCAAGCAAGAGUAUGCAGGAGGAUGUAAAAAGAGCAACACUGAAAGAGUAACAAUCUACACUAAUAACAUGUUUCUGUGAAACUGUUCAAUUAGUAGGACGUAAAUAUACAAACAAAAAGACAUAAGCCGACACAGAAUAGAUGAUAUACAAAUCAAACGAAAUCAAUAAUAAACUCAUUUUCUAAACGGUUUUCGGUAAGCGAAAUCGUGCAGGCCAUCGUUUGCAAUCGACAAGGAGCACACGAGUUAGCCUGGAAUCCUGGGAACGCCCUCCAGCUGUUCGAAUAGUAGUAGUAGUAGUAGUAGUAGAAGUAGCAAGAAGUUGGCGUUUUGUUUAUGUAAAUAUUAAAAUAUCUGUCUUCGCUGUCCUCAAACAAACAAUAGGUUAGUGAACUUAGGUGAUUCUAUAGGUUUUUAGGCGGAAAAAGUUUACUCGAUGUGACGGAAAAAGAGCUGACAGUUAAAAAAGUUGCCGAUUUCCGUCACCUCUAGAGCUAGGGAAACAGAGAAACGAAUUGUUACCAUAUCAAUACUUUGUAAAAAUGAACAAAACCAGAAAAAAAUCUGUUGAUCAAGAGUAUCCAAACUGUGGUCGCCGAACCAAGCUUUUAUACAGUAAGCCUUCUGUAUGGGUUGAGGGAGAGAGAUCGGAAAAGAAAAGUUUUGUACAGGAGCAAAAGCUCACACGAAUGCCUGAAGUAAAACAAGUGCCUGGAUCUAUGCAACGAA